AGACACGCGCACUCAGACUGGGGGAGAGAGAGCUCUCGCGAGCGGACUGGCUCUUCAGACUUCUCCUCUCCGCGCAGUCAGAGUGAACUGCGGGGGCAAACGGGGUGGAUGUUUCGUCCUCGACAGCGGAAAGAACCUCAAAUAAGGAUUUUUACAUUUCGUUUUCAAGCCUGACAAACGGAACUUUUCGCCUCGGUGGAGUUUGGAAGCCGUUUUUUCUAAUAUGGACAGUCGGCUCACUGCUACAGGGAGCGACUGGUCGGUGUUGACUCACACACGGGAAUAAAACUGCAGCUGGGACUUUUUUCCUGGAUGGUUGAUGAGGCGUUUCGCACAUCUGAUCAGCUCUGGGACGCGGUGGAUUUACCAGGUUGAAGGACGCCUAGCUGGUUGUGAUUCCCGGUCGACCGUAGGAAGGAUUUACGCAUCUAAAGUUGCAGGAAAAGCAUGGAGACUGUAAGUCGGCCGAGCUUCCAGCCUCAUCCGGGACUGCAACAAACUCUCAAGCAGUUUCACCUCAGCUCUAUGAGCUCGUUGGGUGGACCGGCCGCUUUCUCUGCUCGCUGGCAACAUGAGCUGCUCUUUAAGAAGGACGGGAAGGAGCCCGAGCCGGUUCUGCAGCAUCUGCCGCCGCCCGUGAUGCCCGGCCCGCUCUUCAUCCCGUCGGACCGCUCCACGGAGAGGUGCGAGACGGUCCUGGAGGGAGAGACCAUCUCCUGCUUUGUGGUCGGCGGGGAGAAACGGCUGUGCCUGCCGCAGAUUCUCAACACGGUGCUGCGGGACUUUACCCUGCAGCAGAUCAACUCCGUGUGCGACGAGCUGCACAUCUACUGCUCUCGCUGCACGGCCGACCAGCUGGAGAUCCUCAAAGUCAUGGGGAUCCUGCCCUUCUCGGCGCCGUCCUGCGGUCUCAUCACCAAGACGGACGCAGAGCGGCUCUGCAACGCCCUGAUCUACGGAGGCGCUUACCCGCCGCGCUGCAAGAAGGAGAUGAACGGAGGCUCGCUGGAGCUGCAGUUCACCGACAGGAGCUUCAAAGUCUACCACGAGUGCUUCGGCAAGUGCAAAGGCUUGUUCGUGCCGGAGCUGUACACCAACCCGAACGCAGCGUGCAUCCAGUGCAUGGACUGCAGACUAAUGUACCCGACCCACAAGUUCGUGGUGCACGGCCACAAGGCGCAGGAGAACAGGACUUGCCACUGGGGCUUCGACUCGGCCAACUGGAGGGCGUACAUCCUCCUGGGCCAGGAUUACACGGAGAAAGAGGAGAAGGCCCGCCUGGAGCUCUUCCUGGACGAGAUUAAGGAGAAAUUCGACUUCGCCAACAAGUACAAGAGAAAAGCAUCAUCCAAGGUGUCCGAUCCCAUCCCGAUGAAAAGGUCUAAACAUGACGACCUCUCAUCACAAACUCCGCUGGCCGACAGAGCGAAGCAGCACGACUGGCUGCAGUCCUUGCCAACUCCCAACAAGGGGCUGAACUGCAUUCAGUCCAGGCAGAGGCCCUCAGCUUUCAGACCCUGGUCCCCCCACAUCUCUGCGGGUGAUAAGGAGCCCUCCAGUAACCCGCUGGCUCUGCUGAGAGACAGCUUCUACAAUUACAAGACCCUAGAGAAUGCAGUGGCCCCCAACGUCGCCCUCACUCCGCUACCACUAGGCAAGGUAGGGCCUCUGUCCCCAUCGAUACCCAGCACUUCCUACCCAAGUGGAAGCGAACCUCCAGGUGAGGGCGCACACCCCAACACCAGGCCUCGCAAGAGGAGAGCUACCGAGGAGCCCCAGUCCACAGCACAUGAAAUCCCUGGGCCUGCUUCCUCAGCAGCCUGCAAACCUCCGCUGCCUCAGGAUGACAAGGACUCUGAGGUGGAGAUCGAGGUGGAGAGCCGCGACGAAGCUGUUUCGUCCAUGUCCUCCCUCUCGUCGCCAUCUUUUACCUCAUCCAGCAGCUCAGCCAAAGACUUGAGCUCGCCCGGUGUCCAAGGUCCCAUCUGCACUAUCGCGUCAGCCGAAAGCACGGCACCGGCAGCCACAUCGGUGGCAGCACCAGCCCCUGUCACCUCUUCAGAGUCGGGCCUGGAGUCAGAGCUGGAGAGCCUGAGGCAGGCGCUGGACAGUGGGCUGGAUUCCAAGGAGUCGAAGGAGAGGUUUCUGCACGAAAUAGUUAAGAUGAGGGUGAAGCAGGAGGAGAAGUUGGGAUCGGCCCUGCAGGCGAAACGAAGCCUUCAGCAGGAGUUGGAGUUCUUGCGGGUGGCCAAGAAGGAAAAGCUGCGGGAGGCGACUGAGGCAAAGCGCAACCUCAGGAAGGAAAUUGAGCGUCUGCGAGCUGAGAGUGAGAAGAAGAUGAAGGAAGCCAACGAGUCAAGGAUCCGCCUGAAGCGGGAGCUAGAGCAAGCCCGACAGCUGAGGGUCUGUGAUAAAGGCUGUGAGGCUGGGCGACUCCGUGCAAAGUAUUCUGCACAGAUCGAGGACCUCCAGAUGAAGCUGCAGCAUGCCGAGGCCGACCGUGAGCAGCUUCGAGCCGACUUGCUGCACGAGCGAGAAGCUCGGGAGCACCUGGAGAGGAUGGUGAAGGAGCUACAGCAGCAAAUCAAACAGUAAAAGAGACGGGACACCCAAGGACAUUCCCACUGGUGACAACUAACCAAGCAGCCAGCCUUACAGCUGAACCUUUUCCAUUUGCCACCAUGAUCGCCACCCCACGAGUCCCACAGGUCACCCGCAUCACACCACUGUUCCUGUGCUUGCCCCUCAGUUUACUGAACACAAAACGUAAGACUUCAAAUGGAGACACAGAGAAGAAUGGAGGAGCGUUGUCCUUGUGCAUGAAAAGUCUAGUGGUACCGUAGAGGAAUGACUGGAAGCAUGCAUUUUCUGAAGCACUGACUUUUGCACCUCUGAACUCGUAGAACUGAAAACUGGAGCACAGUGAACGGCUCUGUAGUGCUGAGUGCGGCUGUGCCUGGAUUUUCCUUCACAAGGACACAAGGAGAGGCUGUAGGACUGUGAUAUAAACUCAUAACAAUAUAACAUCAACGUGUGCACCUGCUGGGAGGUGUUACAAUGACGUGGCCAGGAGGGAAGGCCUCCACCAGCGCCUCCUGCCACGAUGAACCAUAGGAGUCUGAAGACAUUAUAAGCUAUUUAAGAGAUUACAUAGCGAUAUGUAGAGUACACAAAGAGCGUUUUUCUGUUUUUCUGUGCUAUUGGAGGGGAAAAAUGAACAAAUGGACUUCCCACUGUGCUGCGGGGGUUUGUCAGGGAGCCAUCGCAGCCCAUUGGGGCGACUCCCCAAACACGAUAGGAUAUGAAAACAUGACAAAUGAUUUUAACAUGAAAGAUUAGGUUUGGCUUUGUGUUCAACAGGCACAUUUUCCAUUUCAAAUGAAGCCUCAAAAAUGAUCCCUACCAGUCACUUGGUGACGAGUUUUUAAACGAGCUCUUUUAUUGGAUGCUCUGCAUACACUCACAUACAAGUCGCAUUUUAUUUGAGUGUUUGAGUCCUGAAGUCUGUAACACACUCCAGAUGUUUUCGUGCCGUCGCAGUGGGCUGGGUGGUUGGUCUUGUCCGUAACCACAAAGUGUUCAUUUGAAUUAAAGUAUGUACAUAUAAAUAUACCUUUCUUUUUUUAAACUUUACAAUAAUGAAUCGCACUUUGUCAUGAGGUGAAAACAGCCCCUCCCCCAUCGUACUCCCACUAUUUUCAGCAAUCUUUCUUUGAAAGCAUCAUCUUAUACGCGACUCCUACCAUAUAGCAUUUUGUUGAUUAUAUGCAUUUUCAAAAGAAUAUUGCUGCUCUGUUUUCAUUAGGCAAGUAUUGUAAAUAAGCAGGAAGCCGGCGUUGGGCAGCAGCACACUCUCCAGUCUGACAACAGGAGCACGAACAAACGUUGUAUUCAGAAGCCGGAGGCUGUGAAUCAGCCGCCACACUGUGGAUGCAAUACAAUCAGAAUGUACAUUGUGUUGAUGCUAGUUUUCCUUUAAUUAUUGAUGUUGUUUUAAAUGUGAAAAUAUUUUAUUAUUUGUCUGUUGUGUUGAAGUUUUUACUUUCUAAAGAAGAAUACUUCAAACUAACAGUUCUGUUCACAUUUUUAAUAGAAAACUAAUUUUCUUUAUGCAUGAAAUUUGACAGCGUUUGCCAUACUUAUAGUCAGUUAUUGGGCAUUGAUACUGUACAUGUAAGGGUUUUAUUGUGUUAUGCAAUAUCAAGCAAUUUGUCUUAUUUAGAAAUGUUAUUAAAAAAAAGCAACACGUG